AUGAAAAAAGCUGCAAAUCAAUCAUCCCUCAUAACCGACGAUAAACUAUAUGAGUUUGCGAUCUACAAAGUCAAUAAAAAUAUGCAUGUGCUUUACGCACAAUUUCACCACGGUAUUAUUGAUGUGAGAUCUUGGGCAACAUUGGAAUCUUUUAUCGCUACCGCCUAUAAUGAUUCAAAACAAGAUAAACCAAUCACCGCAUGUCCUGCACUACAGUUUGAUGCACUUGCUACCGCUGAUGCCACCUACCAUGCUUCAGAUGACCAUAAAAAAGACGAACAAUUUUGGAAGGCUUAUGUUCAGCAUUUUAAACACCACGCUUAUCCACAACGAAACAUCGAUUCUUUUGAACAAAAAACGCCAUAUCAUUGCAUACAGACAAUAUGUGCUGAAGAACGCGAAAAACAGCAGCAAACUGCUGCUAUAUUAAACAUUUCCGAAUCUAAUUUUUACAUUGCUGUUUCGGCUCUGUGGUUUCGAAGCAUUUUUCGAAAUGAGUAUGUGAGUCUCAGCUUAUCAACUCAUGGUACACAUUUGACUCAGGAGAUAGGUAUGACAUCAAAUGUAGUGCCUUUGCUGUUACACAUCCCUGAACAUGCUACGCUCACAGAAACCCUAAUACAAGUGGCUCAAAAAACAGAAUCAGUGUUGAAACAUCAGCGCUACCGAGUUGAGGACAUCCGCCAACAUGCAAAUUACGGUCCAAAUAACAGCUUUGGUCCUUACGUCAAUGUACUGCUUUUUGAUCAUGGCGAUGAACUUGAAGGUUGUGACUGUUCGUCUCACUUCGGUGCAAACAUUGAUAGAAACGAUUUGCAAAUAACAUUCUGGACAGAUCGACCAAACGGUCGUCUUGAGAUUCUGUUUGACGGCACUCAGGAAUGCCAACCAAAAGAACAACUCGUUGCUUUCAGGGAUCUUUUAAAUCUUAUUUUGGAUUUGGCUCUAAGUUCGCCCAGCACUACAAUCGCCACAUUUGAAAAGCUAUGGUUUACACGUCAUCCAUUUAAUGUUUCAAAAGACAUAAUGGAAGGAACUACAGCAUUUGCUGAAACACUUCACCAAUAUCAAACGAUCAGUAUUCCACCCAAUCUGAUUGCAGUAGACAGCACGAUGAUUACUCCGGAAAUGCUGCCGCUUAUCACUCUUUCUCAGACGGAGAUUGAUGCAUUAAUUGCACAGGUUCCGGGUGGUUUAGCCAAUAUUCAAGAUAUUUAUGGGCUCGCACCGUUACAGCAAGGCAUUUUAUUCCAUCAUAUGAUGGCUGAAGACGGUGAUCCAUAUUUGAUAAUAAAUCGAUUGCAAUUUAAGGAUCGAGCGGCACUUCAAAGCUAUUCAUCCGCUCUGCAACAAGUGAUUGAACGACACGAUAUUUUGCGCACAGCCUUCGUCUGUGAAGGACUCAAUGAACCAGCACAAGUUGUCUUGCGACACGUUCCCUCCCUACUCAACGAAAUCAACCUGAAUGAUGAUACCGAUGAGCCGGCAUUUGAACAAUUAACAAACCGUUUCAAUCCCCGUCAUUAUCGUUUGGAUUUAAAACAACCACCGUUAUUGCGUUUGCUUGCCGCACGAACUUCUGAAGGCAACUGGAUUGCAUUGGAACUGAUGCACCAUCUAAUUGGUGAUCAUGCCACUUUGGAGAGGCUGUAUACAGAAGUACAUGCUAUAAUCGACGGUCAGAAUGAGCAGUUGUUGAAACCUACACCUUUUCGCCAAGUUGUGGCACAAGCUCGUCUAGGUAUUAAUCAAUCUGAACACACACAGUUCUUUGACGAGAUGCUUGCCGAUGUUGAUACUCCGACCCUGGCUUUUGGCCUUAUUGACGUACACGGAGAAAUAAUUGAAUUCGAUGAAGCAUAUUUAAAAAUACCAGAUGCCCUUUAUGAUCAGUUACGAGCAAAAGCACGAAACUUAAGAGUCAGUUUGGCUAGUUUAUGCCAUUUAGCUUGGGCACAAGUACUUGCUCGUACCAGCGGGAGUGAAACUGUAGUCUUCGGUACUGUGCUUUUCGGUCGUUUACAAUCCGGAGAGGGGAAUUACACUGCAAUGGGGUUAUUGAUAAACACGCUACCGUUGCGAUUGGAUAUGAAUGAAACAACGGUCGAGACUGCUGUGCGCAUCACUCAUACACGGUUAAGUGCCUUGUUGGAACACGAAAACGCAUCACUAGCGUUGGCACAACGUUGUAGUGGAGUGUCAGCUUCCCUACCUCUUUUUAAUUCCCUAUUAAAUUGCCGUCAUGCAUCGCAUAUCACUCAGCCGUCCCAUGGAGUGAGUAUUCUCAGUAGUGAAGAUGGAACAAAUUACCCAUUAUCCUUGUCUGUUGACGACGAUGACACAUCGCUAAUUCUUACAGCUCAAGUGGCAUUGCCACUCGAAUCAACACGAAUCUGUGCUUAUAUGCAACAAGCUUUGACAUCGUUGGCUGAUGCAUUAACACACACACCACAACAACCGGUGAGACAAUUAAACGUCGUGCCAUCGGAAGAGCGUGAAAUGUUGUUGCACGACUGGAACCAAACAGCAGUAAAAUUUCCACCAGUUCGCUGUCUUCAUCAGCUAUUUGAAGCACAGGUUCAUCGUGAUGGAAAAGCUAUUGCUGUUGAAUGUGAUGGGGAAUCAUUAAGUUAUAGUGAACUCAAUGCGAAGUCGAAUCGAGUGGCAUAUUACUUAAUAGCAAAAGGUGUAAAACCAGACGAUUGCGUCGCAUUUUGCGUAGAGCGUAGCUCGAAAAUUUUCAUUGCAAUAUUUGGAAUUCUAAAAGCCGGUGCAGCCUAUAUACCGCUCGAUCCAAUCUACUCGAGUCAACGACUGAUAAAGAUUCUAGAGGAUGCCAACCCAGUGUGUCUGCUAACAGAUAUAGUUGGUCAGAAAACACUUGGAGCCCAUCAGAUACCAAUGCUGGAUUUGGAUGAAGCAUUACCUGAUCAACUGUCGGCUAAUAACCCGGACCCAAUCAAACUCGGACUCAGUUCAGCCCAUUUGGCUUAUGUCAUUUACACCUCCGGUUCGACCGGAAAACCGAAAGGGGUAAUGGUUGAACAUCAACAUAUACUAAAUUUAGCUCAAGCCAUAUCUCCACUGUUUGGUGUUACUUGUGAAAGCCGUGUUCUGCAGCUGGCAUCUUAUUCUUUCGAUACCAGCCUGUGGGAAAUUCUAAUGGCUCUAAACGAAGGAGCUUGCCUUUGCCUGCCAAACAAUGAAGUUCGACAGACAAGUAUCGCGUUGUUUAAUUACUUGAUCGAUGAAAAAAUUACACAUGCAGAUAUACCAUCGGCUAUGCUCCGAAACUUGGAAAACCCAAGUGUAUUAAAAGGAUUACAAUCAUUGAGUUUAGGUGCCGAAACACCUCAUUUAUCCGUGCUACAAAGUGCUGUUGCUUAUACAACGGUUUUCAAUGGUUACGGUCCAACUGAGGCAACGAUAUGUGUGACCAUCUGGUUUUGUCCUGUAGAUUUCUCGAGUCAUUUCAUUCCAAUUGGUCGUCCAAUGUCGAACAUGCGAAUUUACCUGCUAGAUGCACAAGGCGAACCGGUACCAUUGGGAGCCGAAGGUGAAAUAUAUAUUGGCGGUGCUGGCGUGGCUCGCGGCUAUCUGGAUCGACCCGACCUUACCGCAGAACGAUUUUUACCUGAUCCAUUUAGUGAAAAUCCUUCCGCACGCAUUUAUCGCACUGGCGAUCGAGCACGUUAUUUGCCUGAUGGAAAUUUAGUCUUUUUAGGUCGCACAGAUCAUCAACUAAAAAUUCGCGGUUUCCGAAUUGAACCCGGUGAAAUUGAAACCCACUUGGUCGAACAUCCUCUGGUACGUGAAGCAGUUGUUUUGUCAUGGAAAAAAAAUCCUGCUGCUGAUACUCGACUGGUUGCCUAUGUUGUUGCCGACGAAGAUACAUCGCUUCCUUUUAAGUUGCACACUUAUCUUGCAUCUUUGUUGCCUGACUAUAUGGUACCGACAGCUUAUAUUUGUCUUCCGUCUUUACCAAUCACACCAAAUGGCAAACUAGAUCGAUUUUCACUUCCACCUCCGGACGAUAAAGCAUUUGCUCGUCAAUCAUAUGAAGCACCGCAGAACGAAACGGAGGAGAAAUUGGCUGUACUCUGGAGUGAACUGUUGGGCAUUGAACGCAUCAGCCGGCACGAUAAUUUCUUUGCUCUGGGAGGCCAUUCUCUGCUAAUUGUACGGAUGCUAGCGCAACUGCGACAAGCCGGACUGAAUACCAGCGUCAGAAAAGUAUUUGAUACUCCGUCGUUAGCAGCACUGGCUGAAACUCUCGGCCAACACCAAACGAUCAGUAUUCCGCCCAAUCUGAUUACAGCAGACAGCACAAAAAUUACUCCAGAAAUGCUGCCGCUUAUCACUCUUUCUCAGACGGAGAUUGAUGCAUUAAUUGCACAGGUGCCGGGUGGUUUAUCCAAUAUUCAAGAUAUUUAUGGGCUCGCACCGUUGCAGCAAGGCAUUUUAUUCCAUCAUAUGAUGGCUGAAGACGGUGAUCCAUAUUUGAUAAUAAAUCGAUUGCAAUUUAAGGAUCGAGCGGCACUUCGAAGUUAUUCAUCCGCUCUGCAACAUGUGAUUGAACGACACGAUAUUUUGCGCACCAUUUUUAUAUGGAAAAAACUCAGUGAACCAGCACAAGUUGUACUGCGUCAGGUUCCUUCGAUACUUACCGAAAUCAACCUGAAUGAUGAUACCGAUGAGUCGGCACUAGAACAAUUAAAUAACCAAUUUAACUUGUAUCACUACAAACUAGAUCUGGCACAUGCACCGCUUAUGCGUUUGAUUGCUGCACAAACACCUGAAGGAGACUGGAUUGCAUUGGAACUUACACACCAUAUAAUUGUUGAUCAGAACACAUUAGAAAAAAUGUAUGCAGAAAUGAAGACCAUAUUCGAACAGUUGAGUGAACAGUUGGCAACGCCUACACCUUUUCGCCACGUUGUGGCUCAUGCUCGGUUCGGAGUUAGUCCAGAAGAGCAUACAAAAUUUUUCAGUGAAAUGCUUGCCGAUGUUGACACACCAACAUUGCCGUUUGGUCUGAGCGACGUUUACGGUCGGUUUGAGAUUGAUGAAGCGCAUUUGAAGCUACCGCAAGCUCUCAGCCAUAAGUUACGGGCCCACGCAAAAAACUCAAUAAUCAGCUUAGCCAGCUUAUGCCAUUUGGCAUGGGCAAUAGUACUUGCUCAUGCUAGUGGAUGUGAGACAGUGGUCUUCGGAACUGUGCUAUUCGGUCGUUUACAGGCGGGAGAAGAGAACGACAGUGCCAUGGGGUUGGUUAUUAACACGCUACCUUUGCGACUGGAUAUUGAUGAAACCACCAUCGAGGAUGCUGUACGCCGUACCCAUGCUCGGCUGAGUGCAUUACUUGCACAUGAACAUGCCCCGCUGGUAUUAGCACAACGUUGUAGUGGGGUGCCAGCUACUUUACCACUUUUUAGUGCACUAUUUAACUAUCGUCAUAAUCAGCCGACCGGAAAAGAUGCAAUAACAUUUCCAGGAACAACUUUUCUGGACAGUGAAGAACGAACAAACUACCCAUUAGUUAUGUCUGUGGAGGACGACAGCCAUGCCCUGGGUUUAACAUCCCAAGUAGUGUCGCGAAUUUCAGCAGCUCGAAUCUGUGCUUAUAUGCAACAGGCUCUUAUUUCUCUUGCCGAUGCAUUAACGCAUACACCAAAACAAUCAGUGCGAAAAUUGACAGUGAUACCAGCGGAGGAGCGUGAGAUGCUUUUGCAUACCUGGAACAAGACGGAAGUCACCUUUCCACCUGUUUGCUGUCUUCAUCAGUUGUUUGAAGAACAGGUAGAUCGUGAUGGACAGGCGAUUGCCGUCGAAUUUGAAGGAAAAACAUUAAGCUAUGCAGAACUCAACGCACGAGCAAACCAACUUGCACAUUAUCUCAUUGCAAAAGGUGUUAAGCCAGAUGACCGCGUUGCCUCCUGUGUUAAACGUAGUACGAAAAUGCUGAUAGUUAUGUUGGGUAUUCUAAAAGCUGGUGGCGCCUAUGUACCGCUCGAUCCGUUUUACUCGAGUCAACGAGCAUCAAAUAUUUUGAAUGACGCUGAUCCGCUAUGUUUGUUGGCAGAUGCAACUGGUCAAAAAGCACUUGUAGAUCAUUAUGUUCCAGUGAUUGAUUUGGAUGAGGCGUUAUUUGAUGGCUUUUCUGUUGAUAAUCCAAACUCGGUCAAACUAGGAUUAACUCCCUCAAAUCUAGCGUAUGUUAUUUACACUUCUGGUUCGACUGGAACACCAAAAGGAGUGAUGGUUGAACAUCAAUCUGUAUACAAUUUGGCCUGUACUGUAUCAUCACCCUUAAGAAUAUGUUCCGAGAGUCGCAUUAUGAUGUUUGCUUCUUGCGCUUUUGAUGCUAGUAUUGUUGAUAUCGUAUCGGCUCUUACGAGUGGAGCCUGUCUCUGUUUGCCAAACGAAGAGGUACGCCAGACGGACACUGAUUUGCUUGGUUAUAUUGAAACUAAAGAGAUUACUCACGCCCAUUUAACACCAGCUUUGCUACGGAAUACGCAAAACUUAAGCAGCUUAAAGGGACUGAAGGCUUUAAUAUUGGGUGGCGAAACGCCUCCGUUAUCUUUGCUAAAAAGUGCGAUUGUUCACACUUCCAUUUUCAAUGUAUAUGGACCGACAGAAACGACAAUAUGGGCAACCACAUGGUCAUGCCCGGUGGAAUUCGCCAGCCAUUCAAUACCAAUCGGUCGUCCACUAUCAAAUGUACGAGUUUACGUGUUGGACGCACAAGGUGAACCGGUUCCGCUGGGAUCCGAAGGAGAGUUGUAUAUUGGGGGCGCUGGUGUAGCACGCGGCUACCUCAAUCGACCUGAACUUACCGCAGAACGUUUUAUUCCUGAUCCAUUUAGUGAGCAUCCAAAUGCACGCAUGUACCGUACCGGUGAUCGAGCCUGUUAUCUUCCUGAUGGAAAUUUGGUUUAUUUGGGACGCACCGAUCAACAGGUAAAAAUUCGUGGUUACCGAAUUGAACCUGGCGAAAUUGAAGCCCGCCUCGUUGAACAUCCUUUGGUGCACGACGCCGUUGUUUUGUCAUGGAAAAACCAGCCUGAUACUGAUGCGCGUCUAGUUGCAUAUGUAGUCACCGAACAAGAUACAUUGCUUGCUCAGAAUUUACGCACCUAUCUGGCGGCUUUACUGCCUGACUAUAUGGUGCCGGCGGCUUAUGUUUGUCUUCCGUCUUUACCACUCACACCAAACGGAAAAUUGGAUCGACGUGCACUGCCAGCUCCAGACGAUGAGUCGUUUGCCCGUCAAAUGUAUGAGGCUCCACAAGAUGGAAUGGAAAUGAAACUAGCCACACUCUGGAGUGAACUGCUAGGCAUUGUACAAAGCAAUGGACCUUGCGCAAUAGCUGGUUACUCCUCUGGAGGAAUUCUAGCUUAUGAAAUAACAAAACAGCUUAUUAACAGUGGCUAUCCAGUUUCUUUCUUAGGUUUGAUCGAUACUCAUCCUACCAAAGGAUUGAGUGAGUUCAGUGAAACUGUUUUGUUUUUAUAUUACAUCGCAUUAAAAUCUCCAUUUUUCAAAACGUUAAAUGAUACAGUGUGGCUAUUGCGCGUCAGUAAUUUGUCUCUUAACGAAGCAAUUGAAGAGGUAAAGGCCAAGAAUGAAGAUUUAACAAAUGAAGAUAUCGAAUGGGAAGCAUUGCUAUCGAAACAACGAGCACAUUAUUAUAACAUAUGCGACGUGUACAACAUUGAUUCAUUGCCAAUUACAGUAAACCUAUUUAAGGCAACCGAGUUGGAUCUGGUAAUAAUUAAUGCCAAUGAUGAAAAUAUGUAUGAAAUACUUCGAAAUGAUUUUGAUAAAUCUUUUAAUCAUCGAAAACUUCGAUGGGAAGAUUUCCAUCUUCCAAGCUUGCACGUAAUUCCUGUGAACGGCACUCAUGUGACAAUGUUGACAGAUCCAAACAACCGGAGUUUAUUGGGAAGAAAACUUACUGAUUUGCUACUCGCACAACAAACAUAAAUGUAAAAAUGAUAUCAUCUAGAAAAUUGAGUUCCAAAACUUGGCAAAAAUCAAAUAAAUUCGA